AUGGCCCAUGAAUCUUAUCAAUCUGGGGACCGCAACCCUGAAUCUCAUUCGUUCGGGGGUACCAGCGUGGAUGAACGCGAAGAAGAAUUCGACCUAGCACUUCUCCAGGAAGCAGCAUGGGAUAUUGCGAAGAAGGUCGUCACAGAGUGGAAUGGAGCAAAUGAGGUGUUGAGCGUAGAAUUCCUUGCCGUCGAGGGCUACAACCGUGUAUGGCUGACGACUUACAAAACCACAAAAGGCGAACACAAAACGAGUGAGGAAGGAAAUUUUGUUCUGCGCAUUCCGAGGAGCGAAACACCUUCCCUAAAACCUUACCAACUACAACACGAAGUUGGUUGCUUGCUUUUCCUGGAGAAGAACCUACCAGGCAUUCCGGCGCCGAGGAUCUAUGCGUGGAAUGACGGGGUUUCCAAGUCUGGUGUUCCACCAUUUAUCGCUGAGGAGUUCAUCGACGGCCAGCGGCUUAGCGUACUCUGGCCUCAGUUGACGGAAAAUCAAAAGACAGCCAUCAUUCAAGAGAUUGCCAACGUUAUUGCAGACCUUGGAGAAACCAGGUUCCCAAAAAUCAGUGGGUUCACACAUGACUCCCAUGCAGGUCCUACCAUCGAAGCAGCAAAAGUAUUUAACGGCAGAGCCAAUUUCCACUCCCCAGAGUAUUACAACAUCGGACCUUAUGCUGACAGUAAAGAAUACAUCCUGGCUUGCUAUGACCGGAAAAUAUCCUAUUAUACUCACGCCGCCGAGACUGAUAUCAUAGCAGAGGCUUUCGAGAAGACCUCGGUCGCCGACUUCAUCAACACAUUGAAGCUUGAACGACUUGGUUUACUCAAUCACGACGAAUCUCUCUUUCGAGAUAUCGAUGCCGAGCCUCGCGUUCUCGUCCACGAAGAUUUUCACGCCGGCAAUAUUCUGGUACGGGACGGCCACAUUGUUGGUAUUCUGGACUGGGAAUUCUCUGGUGUCUACCCUUUGAGCGAACUUCUUGGCCCAAUCUUGAUUCUUCAAGUUUCAUCUCCGGGUCGAGACAACCUGACAGAGCAGGAAGAUGUGAAAUGGCACGAGCGCUAUCUCGAGGAGGUUGAGUCUGUCGUUCUGAAGAGAGGAUGGAGUAAGCCAAGCAUUUCGGCCCUUACGGGAAAUGGACGUCCAGUCUUACAGAAAGCUCGGUCAAUCAUGUUUCCCGAGGUACAAGAGGAUGAGUUGGAAGAUGGGGGAUGA